GACACUGAAGCCUGAAGACACCUCUACUGCCAGCCAACCCCUAAGCACUGGGGGUGGAAUCACAUGCUGUUUGCUCACAGGAAGAGCAUUCUGCAAACUCUUAAUAUCUCAGUCAAAAGUUUCAUAGCUGGUGGACCAUGGAGCUUCUUGUGAAUGUGAACAAAUGGAUAGAAGAAAACAAAACUGCCUUUUUGCCGCCUGUUUGCAAUAAGCUUAUGCAUCGCUAUCAAUUAAAUGUGAUGUUUGUUGGAGGGCCAAAUGAAAGGAAGGAUUAUCAUAUUGAAGAAGGAGAAGAGCUUUUUUACCAGGUUCAAGGAGAUAUGUGUUUGAAGAUAAUUGAAAAUGGGAAACAAAAAGAUGUUGUCAUCCGAGAAGGGGAGAUGUUCCUCCUGCCUGCCAGGAUACCUCAUUCUCCUCAGAGAUAUGCAAACACUGUGGGUCUUGUGAUUGAAAGGGAAAGACUAAAAACAGAAAUUGAUGGGCUAAGAUACUAUGUUGGAGAAUCAACUAAUGUCCUCUUUGAAAAAUGGUUUCACUGUGAAGAUCUCGGCAUUCAACUUAUACCAAUAAUUAAAGAGUUUUCCAAUUCAAGGCAAUAUCAAACUGGAAAACCAAAUCCAGAUGAACUCCUGAAAGAAACACCUUUCCCACUAAAUUCCACUUCCGUUAUGGAGCCAUUUUCCUUCCCAGGCUGGUUAAAUGAUCAUCGUGGUGAAAUAAAACAGAAGAAAUCCUUGAGUAUGUUUGGAGAUAAUUUUGAAACAGAGGUUAUAGCUUAUGGACCAGGAACAACUGAGAAAAGUAAAAAGACUUCAGAUAUCUGGAUAUGGCAGCUGGAGGGCACCUCAACUGUUACCAUGGAUGGUAAGACCCUGACUCUAUCUGCUGGUGACAGCCUGCUUGUUCGUGCCCAGUCUACGUAUAGCUGGAAAAGAACAGAAGAAUGCAUUGCUCUCUCCGUCGCUCAGGACCCAAAACGCAAGCAGCCUUAUAUCUAGCUCCUGUGGCAGUUGACUUUGAUGAUAACUAAGUUUUAGCCUACUUUAAAGAUCUUUUAGGCAGAAUUCCUGGAAAUUUCAAGUCUAACACAAUGCUUAAACUGAUUUAAGUGGAGUCAACUGCUGUGCCCAGUUAAAAUCUUUUCCCCCAAAUAAGAUUUUAGCAAAAUUUACAAUCACUAAUUUUUUUAAGAACUACUGUUCUGUUGGGUUUUGUCUGAAAGGAAAUUAAAACAGGUCCAAGUUGUAUCAUAUAUGUUAUUAGAUAAGUAAUCCUGAUAUCUAGAAGAAGUUAGAGGCUUUUCAAAUGCAAGUCUCUGCCACAAGAUGCAGAAAAGGAGAUGGGAUUGAUACUAUUAUACCUACUUAGGUAGAAGUCUUCAUUUUGUCAUUUGUUAUAGAUUAGCUACAAGAUUUGUUACCCAGCCUACAGUAGGGGAGCUUUAAUUGACAGUAGUUCACAGAUCUUCUGAGAUCUUUUGCUAAAAGUUUGGCUCAUUUUUUAAAAGAUCCUAUCUGCUGCACUGCUUGAGGAUCUCAGUGCUUUGUGAAAGAGAGGAAGGUGCAUUAGUGAAGGGGGAAGCAGUACCUGGAACAUCAGGCAUUACUUAGACCAUCACUGUACUUGCUUCAGGUAGAACUUAUUAGCAGUUUACCAAAUCCAGCAAUGCAGUGUCAAGCACAGCAGCACACCACACAUACCAUGCUGGAUGCUGUGGAUACACUACACUAUCAAGAACAUAGCACUGCAAUAGGACCAACACUGGAGCUUCUGGGUCAUGGGUGUGUUCCUGUGCAGCAGAAAUCUCAAGCCAAAGUAGCCUUAAGAAGUGUGUUAGAGGAAUAAAAGAGCAGAAAAAUUGUUGUAAUCAAUUUCCAUUAACUGCUGCUGCUGCUUUUUGAACAAUGAGGCUUCUUGCAGAAAUAAUAAAUAUCAAAUUAUUUUUUCCUGCUUUUAUUCCAGGAACUCUCCAGAGGGGUUUUUGUUUGGUUUGGGGUUUGGAUUUUUUUAAUUGUCCUUCACAUUAUUAAGAUCAGAAAACAAGUUGCUUAUCAAUUACACAUUUGAGAAAGUAAAAAAGUUAUUUCUUGAUUUUUUUUUUCAUUCUAAUUAAGUUCAGAAAAAUAGUUCUUUAUCACCUACAAAGCUCAUUAAACUGAAACGUCAU